AUGUGCUUUGGGCAAUGCUCAGAGUUGUACUGCAUACUGAAUGAAAAUGGUCGACGCUUAAUUCGGAAGGAUGCCUCCUCCUGCAUCACAAUAUGCAAACCAAUUAAUGCGCAUGACUGCAACCUCCAGAUUACGCUCCCACUUCAUCUUUCUACGGAUAUCCUCUUUCCUCUCCACUUUCCCAACAUCUCGUAUUGCUGUGCUCCCACUCACCCGCCUCAUUGGCUGGCAUCACUUCUAGUGCUCUACUUACGUGGCCCAAUGGAAUACAGGUCCACGAACCGCAAUCAAUACAUGGCAAUACUUGGAAGCGGUCGCGAGUAUCUGGCACCCUCCACCACCCACCCACCUGUCGUCUACACGCACGUUUAUUCUCCCGGUGCACAAUCACAUAGUGGUAAACAGACGUCUCGACCGAAGUUCAUGUCUACCGACUACCCUAACUGGAGCAUUCACUUGCCAGUCAAGAUUAGCUCACGCCUCGAAGAGCAGUCUACAGGACAACUUCAGUCCACCAUCACCCAACAUCUUUGCUGCAUCACAAAUGCAUCCACUAAUGCUCGUUAUGCACACAGACAUGUACGACAUUCCUCACUGAAGUUUCUAGACUUGUCUCGCAUUGACGGGAUUGUGCCAACAACGCAUCGUCUGCACUGUAGUCACUCCCAAUUGGCAGGUGUUCGACCCAUGUUAAAAUCAGAUGUGGAAUGA